AUGGCGGCCUCUCAGAUCCAUUCUUCAUCAACAUCAGGAUUUUCCAAGUACCCUGAGCUCCCAACAGAGCUGCGCCUCCAGAUCAUUGAAGACUGGGUGAUCGCAGCCUACAAGCCAUGGGAGAUGUCGAGACGUCUGGCAGAGUUUGCAGCCAUCGACUCUCAGUGGAACCGAAUCGUCGAGCGGGUCCUUUUCAGAAACAUCGGCAUUAGCCACAAAGACCUCAUCAAAUUCGGAAAGAUAUGUGGCAAACGUCAAGAACUACUGAAACGAAUCACUUUUUCUAUUUCAGAUCUCCAUCACCCGGAGUUAACAUUGGCCAUGGUGGAGAAACUCGUUGCCGGCUAUCUCUCACAGCUUUUCCAUGUGAUGAAAGACUGGAGCCGUGCAGAUAGGGGACCACACGAUCAAAUCAAACUCCUCAUACACGUUGCCCCUUGGCUAAUGCUGGAAUCUACCCAAGACCUCGCAUCUAGCCUCUGCUGCGACUUUACAAGCCUACCCGAGGUCUCAGUCAUUGGGACUUUGCGUGCGAAUCAGCGUGGGUGGUCGAAGUAUCAAUUACAUGAUUCUGCUCUGGAUUCUCUGCACGAGAAGUUGCUUGGUCUCCAAAACGCAAAGCUUGAGAUUCCAUGUCGAGCUCUUCCACAGGAGACGAUCAACGAUGCCAGCAACAGGAUAAUUGCAUUCCAUGCAAUUAAGCCGAGUCUGGCCAAGCUGAGCAUUUUUCACAGAGAUAUUCAUUCAGGUCGUCUGGUUGAGCACGGAAACCGGAUCACCAUCACAGAAGCGUUGACUCCACAGGUGUCGCUUUGGAGCAAUAGCUUGGUAUGCCUCAAGCUCAACUCUGUCAUGGACAUAGCCCAAUUUCUCUUGACCGCCAGCGGAUCGGUGUGGCUGCGCCUUCACAGGCUGGAUCUGACUGGAUUCCUGGACCAGGACGACGGUAGCUCCGAAAGAGCUGUGGACGACAGAGAGCAAGCCUCAAGCGAUCUUCUUCGGGGGCUUAUUGCAGCCUUGCCAAGCAUGCGAAAUCUGACCAGAAUUGGUGUCCGCCUCCGAGACCUCCGAGGCCCCAUAAGGUGGCACCCGCCCUGCCUUCUGGGCAUGGACCUGACCCCGAAAGCCAAUACCGAGUGGCCUGAUUGGGUGCCUGGAUCCCUACGUCUUGCGUACCCCAGCAAAGACCCGAUUGUCCCUUGUGGCUCACUUCCAACUUCAGUGAGUGGCAUAAUCAAGGCACAUCAUGUCGCAUUGGCGGGACAUCUAGUGAAGGAGCUGCAAGACACUGUGUGGCAACAACGUCGACUGGACUUGGCAGUCUUCUGUUGUAAAGAACAUCCAGAAAGGGGGUUCUUCGAGCCUGGACCUUCCUGUACACAAUGGAAUAAGGAGACAGAUUCCUGGGAUCCGGCGUUCAAGAACGAUAUGGAUGUGCUCAUAUACGACAUGGGCCAGUACUGGUUGCAGACCUGA